AUGGGAUGCUCCAUUGAUGAGUUCACUAGACUGAAGCCUUCUGUUUUCAUAGGAAGUGCAAAUCCAAUUCGAGCUGAGAAUUGGAUCCAGGAGAUUGAGAAGAUUUUGGAUGUUAUGAACUACAUAGAGAAGCAGAAGGUAACAUUUGUAACGUUCAAGUUGUCAAGGGAGGUAGAGAGAUGGUGGGUGUCGGUAAAGAAGAUGGAGGAGCACCGACCAAUACCAGUAGCGAUGACAUGGGCCCGUUUCAGAGAGUUAUUCUUUGAACGGUACUUUCCAGCCACGGUCAGAAACGCGAAGAUGGAGGAAUUCAUGAGCUUGACACAGGAGUUGCUGACAAUGCAGCAAUACGCUGCUAGAUUCCAGGAGCUAUCCUGA